CGGGAAUGGGCUCAGAAGCUCCCGUAUCUUGUGAGGGGAAGGGGCCCAGCCCAGCGCCGCCUCCCCCUCCACUGGGAAGUGGGGGGUGGGGCGAGGCCGUGGGUCGACUCGCUUUAUUUGCCCUUUGCCUUAUAAAAAGGAGCCUUGAAGAACCGAGAGUCGGUAUACUGUACUGGUUAAGAGCGUCGGACUUGGACAUGGGAGAGACCGGGGUUCAAACCCCCGCUCGGCCAUGAAGCUCCCUGGGUGACCUUGGGGACCAGCCACUGCCUUCUCUCAACCUAAGUUGCCCCACAGGGUAGCCGGCACCAUGUUUGCCACCUUGAGCUCCAUGCCUAAAAAUGGUGGGAUAUGAAGACAACGAAUAAUACAAUGGUCUCCUGGCAACUUUUUCCUAUUCAAGUCUGGCUUGACUGGCUUUGCAAGAAGGUGAGGUCACAGUCAAAAAGAAAAAACAAGUCCUCAAACAAAAAAAGCAAAUCCCCCCGAGAGAAAAGAAGCCGAAGUCCGCAUCAUGUGAUACCUAAAGUAAAGCAGGAGCGAGAUGAACGCUCCCAGAGGGGGCAUGAGGAGCGUCCACAUCGAGACCACUCUGAGCCAGGCCACAGGCGGGAAAGAAGCAAUGACCGAGACAGACAUCGGGACCAUUCUGGCCGAAGGAAACCCCACCGGGAUCAGCCUGGGGGCCACGAAAGGGAGAGGGAUGGUCAUCGCUUCCAGGUUCAGCAGGCACAGAGGGAAUUAUAUAAUGAGCAACGACGGGAGCGCCGGGAGCAGGCAGAAGCCAGCGGUGACGAAGAGAAUCCAGGGGCAGAGGGGUCACACAGCACAGACAAAGAGCCAGGGAAUAAAGAGAAACCAAGCUUUGAACUGUCUGGUGCACUUCUGGAGGAUUCCAAUACGUUCCGUGGUGUUGUGAUCAAAUACAGCGAGCCCCCGGAAGCACGGAUCCCCAAGAAGCGGUGGCGUUUGUAUCCUUUCAAGAACGACGAAGUUCUCCCAGUUAUGUACAUUCACAGGCAGAGUGCCUACCUGCUGGGUAGGCACCGACGCAUUGCUGAUAUCCCUAUUGACCACCCCUCCUGCUCCAAACAACAUGCUGUCUUUCAGUACCGGCUUGUGGAAUACACCCGCCCUGAUGGCACAGUGGGCCGGAAGGUAAAACCCUACAUUAUUGACCUUGGCUCAGGCAAUGGCACAUUUCUGAACAACCAGCGCAUUGAGCCUCAGCGCUACUACGAACUGAAAGAGAAGGAUGUCCUGAAAUUUGGGUUCAGUAGCAGGGAGUAUGUUCUGCUCCAUGAGUCAUCAGAUACCUCAGAGGUGGACCAGAAGGCAGAGGAGGAGGAUGAGGAGGAAGAGGAGGAAGAAUCCACCUGACAGCCCAUCAGGGGGUGGACUUAACCUUUCUCUGCAGCUGAGCCUCAGAUCCUUUGUGUGGACUGAAGCAUUGCUGCCCCGAUGCCUCUCACUGCCUUAAAAUCUGCUGCCUUUGGCUAGUCAUGUUAAUUUGUGAACUUCUCACACACUCAGUUGAUGGUUAUGGGCACUGAAGUAGAGCCAACUGUUGCUUUUCAAAUGGUUUGGGUUAAUCAGAAGGUGCUAGGAAAGCGAGGUCACUUUUGAUGCCCAGCUGACAUCGCAGCUGUGUUGCUAGAGUUUCUCAAUGUAUUUUUUAAAUUUAAGACUCUGAAACAAGAAACCACCUUGUACAAAAAUUGCCUUUCCCAAACAAACAGGCUAUUUUGCUUCUCCCCACCCCUUUUAUUUUUUGCUUGCACAGUUUUUAAAAAAAUGAUAGAUGCAACUUUUUUUAAAAAAAGUAGAAUUUUGGUUUAAAGCCUGGUGGAUGUUCUGUAAUGUCUCUAGCAGUUCGAUUUAUUGAUGUGUUGAGAUAAAAGAACUUGGAAAAAAUUGUGUAGAUUUCUGAGAUUCAUGUAGGAAAUUGUGCAUCAAAAUACAUUUUCAGGGAUAUACUUUCCAGAUCCUUGGCAGUUGAAUCUGGAGUGAAAAGGAAGUUUUCUGUCUCCUCUGUCUGGCUUUCUUACCACUGAGAGGAAGGGAGCAUUAAGUUUGUUUCUCAGGCACCUGUAUUACCCCAUGAAUAAUUUUGCACUUAGCAUGGUGGAUAGUUUCCAAAAAACAUUUAAGUAAGUUUAGUUUCCUUUCUUUCAAUGUGGAUGCUACUAUAUUUUUGUCUUACUGAUAGCAAGAGGCAGGAGGUGUAUUAGUGUUGUACGAAGGGAGGUGGAAGAGACCUUCGCCCACAACCCUUUUGUACUCUGAAAACUUUUGCACAGGUUCUGUAGCUGCAGUUUUGUGUGUAGCUGCCUUACAAUAAAGGAAACACAACUUGCUGUGUGUAGGGGUAGUAACUUUUCCUACUGCCCCACACUUUCUGAGAGCACCUCCUGUUUGCAUAAAUGUACCAUGUGCAUAGGGUUGUGUGCAUGUCUAGAAGAAUAUUAGGAUAAAGUUUAGCAUGUAAAUAUGGGGCCAAAAUGCAGAUUUUCAAGCUUUUAGGUGAUGGAGAUGGUUUUGGACAGCAGUAUCACCUUUCCCAGAAGUCCCUAUUUUCUUUUUUAAAUAAAGGAUUUGUAAAUUUAGCUUGAA